AUGCCUCACAUUGUACUGUUGGGCAUCUCUUUCGUCCUAGCCACAACGACUGUCGCUUUAACACUCCUACUGGUUGUGGCUGGAACACGGCCUGACAUCGCACCUGGCUACUAUAUAAUAGCAUUAAAUACCUCCACAAUUGGACAGUCAUUGAUCCAAGUCGAACCGGCAGCAUCAGACUCAGGUGACCCGCUGGGCAUUCUUGACGACCUCUUGGGUGGCGCACUGUCAGAAAUCACUGAGUCCAUUGGGGACGGAAUAGGGGAUGUCGAAGCGGAAAUAGUGUCAAGAGUCACAGAUUUCUUCGGCGUUAGUGACUUCUACAAAGUCUUCCUUCGGAAUAUCUGCCAAGGGAAUUACUCCGACCCUGCCGAACCAAAUACAAGCGUUGUGAAUGAGUCUUGUCCUUCAUUCCGAGAUUCUGCGAAUAGUGUAAGCCACCUCACAUCGUCCAUCCCAUCCCAUUUCGUGAUUGGCACUGCGAAUGUGUCCAUUCCUCUACUGGGCCAGAUCUCGAAUUCUUUUGAUUAUGUCCAGUCCUUGGCCGAUAGCAUUGGUACCGCGCUUUUCGCAUUCCUUCUCAUCAGCCUUAUUAGCAGUUGUGUUGUGAUGAUCGGAUCCAUCCUGUGUUGCGUCUCCCGCGUCAGAAAUAUUUUCGUGCGUAUCAAUUUAUGCUUCUCUGCCCUUGGAGCACAUUUCUUGUUACUUGCUGCCAUUACUGUUACGGUCGUCGUCGAAGCAGUGGGCAGCUUCACGAAACAAUUCACGAGCACUAUAAAUAUCUAUGUUGAAGACGGUGACAAGUUUAUUGCAGUGGCCUGGAUUGCUGCCGCAUGUACAUUCCCCCUCCUAUUCCUUUGGUUUGCUGUCUGGUUCGUCGAGGUACGAACGUGGGCGCUGAGCAAAAGAAAAAGGGAGGCGCAAGAGAUCGGGAACUGGAAAGGCAUCUUUCGCGAAAUAUGGGGUGAUCUGAAGGGGAUUAAAAGGCAAAAGAACCAGUGA